AUGGUCCGCUACCGUCGAGUGGGCCAGCCUAUGGUGGCGCGUCAGCUUCUCGACGUGGCGCAUAUUUCACCGCGUUCCGUAGCACUCCUCGAGUCCAAGACCCUUUGCGAGUCGUUGCCUGUACUCAUAGACCCGAGGCGAAAUGAUUGGAGUACACUCGAGUCUCUAAAGGGCUAUUUUCGCCUUUCCUCUUUCGCUCUGCCACCCGAGUGCAUUACGCCAGCGCCCGACGCCUUAGGCGACGACUCGUCCGAGUGGCUGAUCUACUGUCUGUUGGCUCUCCUGAUCCACCUCAUCAUUUUGAUCGCCACCUUUAGGCGUGCAGGUAUGCCCCCUGUCCCCGUACGGCCACAGGAGAAACCUCAGCCAACAAGUUCUGCACUCAAGGACUCCAUGUCGGAAGAGUUGAUUGGCGAAGUUGACCUCUUGCAGCAAUCGCUAGCUCGAUUCCCCCCUGCGUCUACUCCAAUUACUCAAGAUGAUGAUGCACGGCACACCUCUCUUUCACGAUGGCUUGACUUCACACAGGAUACAAACGGGCCUUCUUUCCAACGUCCGAAUAGGAUUGGCCACUCUCUUCCAUCGUCCUCAUCCCAUCCGAUCAGAUUACACGAUGCUUCUCCAUUGUAUCGAUCCAACAUCGCGCGCAACCAGGCAUAUGGCAACCCGACAACACAUACAGAGACCCAACGUGCCUCUUUACCACGGCAGCUGGUCUUGGUGAGACAUAGGGACAGAGCGCACUCUGAUGAGAGUAAUUAUUCCAAUUUGUCGUCUCCAUUCGGUAUCCUCCCUUCCCAACUUGCCUCUCCAUCUGUUGGACCAGUAAUUAUCGAGGACUGA